ACUCUAUCAUUGCCGUUUAUACAUCUUUUUCUUCAUUUCUAUAUCGAAUUAAGGAUAUUAUGGCCCAAGAAAAGGUAGCGGAUGAUGGUAGUAUCAGAAGGUCACGGGUGAUGAUGUUGGUGAUAUUGUUGCGAGUUCUAGCAUUGUUUGCUACAACCGCUGCAACGGUUGUUAUGGCUCUUAACAAAGAGUCACACACGUUCGCAGUUGCUACAAUCGGGAACACACCCGUUAAGAUCACUCUCACAGCCAAGUUCCAACACACUCCGGCAAAUAUAAUGUUUGUAAUAGCCAACGGAGUCGCAACUCUUCAUAGUUUAUUGAUGCUAUCAGUCAUGUGUUUUGUUAGCAAUAAAUAUGAUAUCAAGGGCCUACGGUUUAUAAUAGUUACGGCAUUAGACAUGGUAACAAUUGCGGUACUAUCGGGUGCAGCAACCGCGGUUGCUUUCAUGGGGGAACUAGCUAGAAAUGGCAACUCUCACGCACGUUGGAACAAAGUUUGUGACAAUUUUGAGAGAUAUUGCGACCAAGGAUCUGGAGCCAUGCUUGCGUCUUACAUUGGGAUCUUGUUUUUUAUGCUAGUGAACCUAGUCAAUAUCUUUGAACAUGGAAGAUUCAACCCCUAUAAGAAUCCUAUACCUGUGUGAUUGUUGUGUGUUUUUUUAUGUACCGGUGUGAUGUGUUAAUUGCAUGAAUAUGAACUUUUUAUUUCUCUAGCUUCCUACUAGCUAUCUGGUUUUAUUUUACUAGUUUUGUAAGUCUUAAACCCGAGUCAUUGUAAAUACUCACCGUUGAACCUGAGUUAAAGGUUGGAGUACAAAUCUCCAGUUUCGCUGUCA